GCGUCGAGCCCCCAUUGGCGGCUGGUGAUGUCAAGCUCCCGGCUCCGGCCGCGGCGGCUCCGCGGGAGCGUAGGCUGGGCCAGUGGCGAUGUAGAGGCGGGCGCGCCGGGGCCGGGGCAGGGACGGAGGCUGGGGGCAGGACGGGCCCCGGUAGCAGCAGCAGCAGCAGCAGCAGCAGCUCCAAGGGCAGGUGAAAGUGCACAGCAGUCCCUGGAGCGUGGGUGUGAGCCAGGCCGUCUCUCAAUGCCAGCAUCCCUGCCAGCACGAGCUAGGCUCCCCAAGUAACCCUAUCUAGGAACUUCCUGUUCCUUUAGUUAAGAGUCAUCCUUGUCACGUGGUGUUAGGUGAGAGAUUCCCUUACACGGGAGGACAGCAGAGGCCCACUGCUGCAGUUGGAGCUGACUGGUGACCCAGCUGUUCUGCAGAGAGCUCGGAGAAGAGGCUAUAAGGCAUGAAAAGGCUGGUGCUGUCAGCUGCCAGACACCAACCAAGACUUCUCUGCACUGUCUCCCCCUGAAAGCAAGGUCCCUGGGAAGAAGAAAGCAGAUCUGUAGCUCCAAAGAAGAAAGCUCAUUCAAGUGGUGCUUUAUUUUUAAACUCUGAUCCUGCCAGUUCCUUGCCUGGCUAAGUAAUUAAACUGGAAUGACCCAAGGAGCUGAAAUCAGGGGAACUUUAUUUAUCCUUUUAAAAGGAUAGAACCCAAAUUCCCACCUACCCACCCUAACUUUUUUUUGUAUAAAAUCCUGCUUUAUAACACCCAGGUUUGAAAGACUCUUUGUUUUAUGUUUUUCCCUGCUUCCCCUUAAAAGCUACUGAGCACAAGUCCAGCUGCUGGAGCCAGGGCUGGGUGGGGGUAUGCCGAGUGUUGGAAGAAGAUGCACUAAAGUGUGAAGAACCAAAGAAGAGAAUCUGGGAGACUGCGUGUGCUUCUACAGCUCCUUCUUCUGGGAACAGGAGAACUAGAGCCAAGGGGUUGUAUCUGGAAUCUCCUCCUGCUUCUCUGCCGGCUUGGUGGUUGGUGUCUCCCGUUUCUGGAUUGUGCUUGAUGGGGAUCUCUGCUAGGGGAUCAGCCUCUGCAGUCAAGGGCAGGCACGCAAGAACAAAGGAGGUGGCAUUUAGAUGCAGGAAGGGGCAUUGGCUUGAGCCCCGGGCAGAAAGUCUUUUCUGGGACAGCUGCCUGCUGUAGCCCCACCAAGUUGAGGGUUGGGGGGACAUCCGCCCUUCAGCAUGUCCUCCAAGCUGGAGCAGAAGGAGGCUCACCAGACCAAUGGGGUGGUGCUGCCAAUCCUAGCUGUGCCUGUGGAUUGCCUGGCCAGUCCUGACCGGCAGCAGCUCGUGGAGCCUUCGGAGUUCUUGGAGCCCGACGGGGAAGGAGUGGAGGUGGUGGCGCUGGAGUCCCAUGCCAAUGCCAAAGGGGUGCGAGAAGAGGACGCCCUAUUGGAGAACGGCAGCCAGAGCAACGAGAGCGAUGACACCAGUACAGAUCAGGGCCCUGAGCCUGCCUCCUCUCUCAAGGAGACCUCCUUCUCCAUCGGGUUGCAGGUCCUCUUCCCUUUCCUGCUGGCCGGGUUUGGGACGGUAGCUGCUGGCAUGGUGCUGGACAUAGUCCAGCACUGGGAUGUUUUCAAAUAUGUGACUGAAGUAUUUAUCCUGGUUCCUGCAUUGUUGGGACUGAAGGGGAACCUCGAGAUGACACUGGCAUCACGUCUUUCUACAGCUGCUAAUAUCGGGCACAUGGACACACCCAAGGAGCUCUGGAGGAUGAUAAUGGGGAACAUGGCUCUGAUUCAGGUUCAAGCUACAGUGGUCGGUUUCCUGGCUUCCAUUGCUGCUGUGAUAUUUGGCUGGAUCCCAGACGGGCACUUCAGCAUUGGCCAUGCCAUCCUGCUCUGUGCCAGUAGCGUUGCCACUGCCUUCAUAGCGUCACUCGUGCUGGGAAUGAUCAUGAUCGGCGUCAUCAUUGGAUCCAGAAAGAUAGGGAUCAACCCGGAUAACGUGGCCACGCCCAUUGCCGCCAGCCUGGGGGACCUCAUCACCUUGGCGUUGCUUUCGGGGAUCAGCUGGGGCCUCUACAUAGAGCUGGAGGACAAAGCAUACGUGAAUCCUUUGGUAUGUGCCUUCUUCAUAGCCCUGCUACCGCUCUGGAUCAUCAUUGCCAAGAGGAAUCCAGUAACCCGGGAGGUGCUGUACUCUGGGUGGGAGCCAGUCAUCAUUGCCAUGGCUAUUAGCAGUGUUGGAGGGUUAAUAUUGGACAAAACUGUGUCAGAUCCAAACUUUGCGGGGAUGGCCGUCUUUACGCCGGUGAUUAAUGGUGUCGGUGGCAACCUGGUGGCUGUCCAAGCUAGUCGCAUCUCCACUUACCUCCACAUGAGUGGAAUGCCGGGUGAGAGCUCAGAGAUGGCCCCGCGCAAAUGCCCCACCCCUUGCAACACAUUCUUCAGCUCAGAUGUGAAUUCCCGCUCUGCCCGCGUGCUUUUUCUCCUAGUGGUUCCUGGGCACUUGGUUUUCCUCUACACCAUCAGCUCCAUGCAGGGCGGGCAUACCACGCUCACCCUGAUCUUCAUAGUUUUCUACAUGACAGCUGCACUUCUCCAGGUUCUCAUUCUACUCUACAUUGCCGACUGGAUGGUGCAUUGGAUGUGGGGUAGGGGCCUGGAUCCUGACAACUUUUCCAUCCCUUACUUAACGGCACUGGGUGACCUGCUUGGGACAGGUCUCUUGGCUCUCAGUUUCCACAUUCUCUGGCUCAUCGGUGACCGAGACACGGAUGUGGGAGACUAGCUGUCCCCAUUAUCCCCUUCUUUCCUCCUUCCCUUCCUUCUGUCUCUCUUGGGACUUCAGCUUUGAUACCGGAUUCUCAUUAUUUUCAAUGGGAAUUUUACGUGGUUUAUAUUUCAAGCCAAGUUUGUACAGAAAAAUUUAGUUUUAGGAAGGACACACAAAAAAAAAGUGUAAGAGACAAUCACCAAGUGCAAUUUCAUAGCUGCAGCAUCUGAACCAAGAUUAUAUUGGGAAUGUUGAUUGAGUAGUCGGAUCAUAAAGGAAGCCCACACCCAUCACAAGAAAUAAAGGGUCACUCUUUUGAUUCAUAAACAUUCAAUGUUCAGGAUACAAUUCAGGUUUGUUUUAAUUAUAAACUGAAUAGGCACCUCCCAGGAGGGAGCGCCCUAUAAACUAGGAAUUGGGGCAUCCCCAGAUCCUCCCCCAAAGCCCUACUUUAUGCCUGGGUUCUAAAUCAAACAAGAUUCUGGUUAGGGAACUCGCCUGCGUGUGCCGGAAAGAUCCCUUUUAAACAUCCGCUCCCACCCUCAGAUGCUUAUAAGGUGUGCUCACCUGGUUUAUUUGAGGCUUUAAAACACAACCCUAAAGCUGCUGGAUUUUUAAUUGUAUGUAGGGCUUUAGUUUCCCCUCCCCCCCUUUUUUUUAAGUCUGAAAUGCAUUCCUCGUUCCAGAACACACACCCUGCACCCUUGUAGUGGCUCUUAUUUUCUGAUACUGGGUCAACUUCUGUGUCUCUCCCACAAGCUCCUUAAAACAAUGCUGUUUUUCUCCUUUUUGGCUCUUCCCAGAGAGCUGGGUGUUACGUUCAAACAAGUGGGAAGUGAUCCUCAGUGUGUUGUGUAGAAUUUUGACCUUCUUCACUCUAAGUGAGGCUCUGUUUCAGGGGGUGAUUGUUGCUGCUCUGAGCAACCCCAGUAUAUUGGCUAGCUGCACUCUACUACAGCCACAUAAGUAUGGCCGUCAUGACUGCCUUGGGAGGGAGUGAUUUGCUUGGAAGACCACCCCACCUUGCCCUUACCAUGGGCUGAGCAAGAUAGCAACAGCCGAGCCAAGUGUAUCUGUCAUGACCAUCAAUAGACCCAUGCUGCAAAAUUCCACUCUGGAAUUGGCUUGGCGCUUUCCCUGCAGUUCAGAGCUAGAGACCUGGUUUAAGGCCAGGCAUGGUGACAGGUUUGAAACUAAAAGGGGAGUUCCAUCAUGGACUGAUGAGGAAACAAUACCAAAAAAUACAGGAACCUAUAUAGAUGUCUAAACCAAACCACAUUUCGUGUCUUGCAUGCCAGAAAGAUAAGAGCUGAGGGACCACUAUCUAAAGGUACUUGUAGAAGAAUAGUUUCCUGUUUCACACUGUUUGAGGGACGCCUCUUUUUUAUUGCCUUAACUGUACAGAGUAUUUGGGAGACCUGGCUUAUGUAACGAUUGCCUUAAAUCACAGAAUUGCAGUUCUUAAUAGAGUGCGGUCUUGCAGACUCUGCGCUAGUAGGGAGCGUGUUUCCAGAGGACUUUCAUUCCGAUGUUAGAAGGCCUCAGAACUGCUCUCUUCAAAUGUCACUUGUGAUUGUAGCUCUGAAAUUCACAACUCUUCACCCCAGCGACUUCUCACGAAUCUAACUUGUUCAGGGCUUCUGUCGAAAUUUUGCUUCACUGAAGUCUCAAUUUCUUGGAGACCUUCUCCUGCACCUCAACGUUAACAGACACAAAAAACAGGUCGCUUGCUUCCAUGCCCAGUAUUGAGGGAUACUUUUGAGAUUUCCCUUCCCUAACACUUAAGCUUUUAGUAGACCCCCCCCCUUACUAUUUUACAUGUCUCAUCAGUUCCCCAUCUAAAGACUUGUGCCAGUGAAAGAGAGAAACCCUCCAUGGCCUCAGCUGAAAAACUGAGGACGGUAGAGGCAAUUGUUUUAAGAGCCAUAGCUCUACUUGGGUGAGGUACCUAAAGUUUUACCAGGUUGAGGGAAGGGAGGAUGCGCGGGGAGGGUAAGAACUUAAUUUACGUUUAAAUUUUAAAAAGCUUUGAAGGACAACUUUUUUUUUUUUUUAUUUUUCACCAGUUGAACUUGAAUGCAUGUGUACUUUAGACCUGGCUGCAAAUGAAGAGAAUGUUGGGUUCCUCUUUGUAUGAAAAUUAAAAAAGACUGUCUUAAAUAUUUAUAGUUGAUAUAACUGAAUUGACAAAUGUCAACUUAACUAAUUUUUAAAUUAUAUUUCGUAAAAUAAAGAUGGCAUUUAUUUAUGUGGA